AUAGGAGGCACUGAAUACUGGUUGUUGAAUGAAUGGAUGAGGCCUACCCUGAGUUGGGUCGUGGGAUCACACAGCCCCCUCUUCCACCUUUUGACACGAACCUGGGAGCCGCGGCUCAGGGUGCACCCCUGCGUCCCCGCCCCUCAAGCCACGCCCCAGGCUCAAGCAGAGGGCGGGGCCCCGCGGACACAGCGGUGGACGCGAUGCAGCAACCGGCUCUUCGGCUGGUGCGUCUGGGUCGGGUCCCGUACACCGAGCUGCUGGGGCUGCAGGACCGCUGGUUGCGGCGGCUACAGACCGAAGUAGGCACUGAGGGCCUGUCGGGGACUGAGGCGGGCGCACUCCUGCUCUGCGAGCCCGCGGGGCCCGUGUACACUACCGGACUGCGCGGCGGCCUCACGCCCGAGGAAAUUGCGCGGCUACAGGCCUUAGGCGCCGAGGUGCGCGUCACAGGCCGCGGCGGCCUGGCCACCUUCCACGGCCCAGGCCAGCUGCUCUGCCACCCGGUGCUCGACCUGCGGCGCUUCGGCCUGCGCUUGCGCAAGCACGUAGCGGCGCUGGAGGCGUGCGCAGUGCGCUUGUGCGAGCUCCAGGGCCUGCAGGGCGCCCGCGCGCGGCCCCCGCCCUACACCGGAGUCUGGCUGGACGAGCGCAAGAUCUGCGCGAUUGGAGUCCGCUGUGGAAGGCACAUCACAUCCCACGGCCUGGCUCUCAACUGCUCGACGGACCUCACAUGGUUUGAGCACAUCGUGCCCUGCGGGCUGGUUGGGACAGGUGUCACUUCCUUGAGUAAGGAGCUCCAGACGCACAUCACUGUGGAUGAAAUAAUGCCACCCUUCCUUGUGGCCUUUAAGGAGAUCUACAAGUGCACACUGAUCUCAGAGGACAGCCCCAGCUGAAGAGCACUCAUAACAGCCAGGAUGGUCCUGCCUUGGCAAGCACCAAGUCUGACUUGAGUCACCUACUGAAACCCAGAUUUUAGACCUGGCCUGUCAUUCACUGAUGAUGAAACAAAGGACAAAUCAUGAGCCCUGAGCCACUGUUUUCAUAUGUAUCCUGUUUUAUUUAUGGCUCCCCUCCCCCCAGAAAUACUUGAUGUGAAAACAAUGUGAAAACAAUGUGAAAAGCAACACACACUGUGUAAAAUAUUAGUACUACUGUUGACAGCAGUGUCCCAGAGAAAUUCAGAUGUCAUAGAUGAUUGUCAUUUCUCAAUUGUUACUUCCUCAAUACUAUGUCUAACUGGGCAAUUCUGGGCUCUAGUUCCUUUGGUUUUGUGGGAAUCAAAUCUGAAAGGCCCAGGAGAAGGUGAUGUGAUGUAGUGCUUUUUCAUUCUCAAGAGACCUGGGUUCUUUCUGCAAUAAAGGGAAACGGGAAGAACCUUCAAAGAAUAAAAUGGGAUCUUGUUUUCCUGGG